AUGGCAAUUUUAUGUCCAAAAAAUACUGAUGUGGACAAGAUCAAUGAAGAAGUACUUAGUUUGUUAGAAGGUGAAUCCUCUACUUAUUUAAGCACUGAUUCUAUUGAUGAUGAAUCCCAGGAAGACAGGGAUAAUUACCCUGUUGAGUUUUUAACUGAAUUGGCUCCUUCUGGUAUGCCAGUUCAUAAACUUAAUUUCAAAAUUGGCAGUAUUCUUAUGCUUUUGCGUAACAUCAAUACUAAGAGAGGUCUCUGUAACAGCACCAGAUUGGUUGUGAAAGCUUUGCGGCAAAACUUAAUCAUUGCUCAAGUACUAACAGGUAUCGGUGAAAGGAAAAAUGUCUUUAUUCCUCGAAAAGACCUAGCCCCAAGUAACACAGAACUUCCUUUUAUAUUACGAAGACAAUUUCCUGUUAAAUUGGCAUUUGCUUUGACUGUUAAUAAGUCUCAAUGUGAAACUUUAGAUAGAGUUGGCAUCUAUCUGCCUAAACCUGUUUUCAGCCAUGGUCGGCUAUAUGUAGCUUUCUCUCAAGUGAAAAACUAUGCUGAUGUUAAAGAGAAAGUCAUAGAUGGACGAGAACAAGUCUGCUUAUUAACAGGAAGUGAUGCAUGUUUUACAUAA